AUGAUAGCCACACGUCAAGUAAUUUCGAUAUUCCAACAGCCAACAAUGCGUUUGAAAAUCCCGUUAACAAUGGAUGAGGUUAUUGGUGGUAUAGAUGCCGAAAUAACAGAUGUAGAAGAAGCGCUUUUGCAUCAAAUUGGUGCCAGAGAGGCUCCUUUUGUUGGAAUGGACAAAAGCGGACGUGGUGUUUGCGUGAAACAUCUCCAAGGAGCGUGUACCAUGAAUCUGGUCUGUCCACUUAGGCAUAUCGUUGGAGAUAAGGCCGUUGUUUGCAAGCAUUGGUUAAGAGGACUGUGUAAGAAGGGUGACCAGUGCGAGUUCUUGCAUGAGUAUGAUCUCACAAAGAUGCCAGAAUGUUUUUUCUUCUCAAAAUACAUGGCAUGCAGUAAUCGCGAGUGUCCUUUCCGUCACAUUGAUCCUGAAACUAAAAUGAAGGAUUGCCCGUGGUACGACCGAGGGUUUUGUCGACAUGGACCAUACUGUAAACAUCGCCAUCGGAGACGUGUUAUAUGUCCGAACUACGUAGUAGGAUUCUGCCCCGAUGGAAAGGAAUGCAAAUUCACCCAUCCAUCCUUUGCCCUACCUGCACCUGAGAACUCUGCCUCAAACAAUAAACGGCUUUUCAAUCACCAAAUUAUAUGCCAUAAUUGCCACGAACGUGGCCACAAAGCCACCCAUUGCCCACAUCUACCAAAUCAACAAGGAAAAACUUCCGACGUCAAUCCGAUCACGAAUCGAACGGUGUCCACAGUGCAACCCGUAGAUCUAUCAUUGUUCCCCGAUAAAAAGAGCUUGUCAGAAGUGACAUGUUACAAGUGUGGAGAAAAAGGUCACUAUGCAAAUCGUUGUCACAAGGGUGCACUGGCAUUCUUAUCGAAUACCGCACAUUUGGCGCAAGAGCAACGAGAGAAAGACGAAAGAGAAGGAAGGUACUACUUACCUGGAGCUUAUUUGGGUCAAGCGAGUUUAAAUCCAAGAACUGGUUAA